AUGUCGCAUAUGGUGUUUCAGAGCGUCGUCGCUCCCAAACCCUUAUCCCCACUCAAACCCUGCUUACCCAUCCCUCGCCCAAUCGCGACUCUGCCUUGUAAGCUCCGCCGCGGCUUCACCGUCAGGGCUUCGUCCUCUUCUCUUAUCGAUUCCGUUGGAGAUUCGGUUUCAGGUCUCGAGCGCUGCUUAAUGAUGCCGUCGGGCGUUGAAUUAGGCCCAUCUUCCUCUGCCUCCUUCUCUGUAGCUGCUCGGAUGUCUCCAGUGAUGAAAGGUGGCAAGUUCGGCUCCGUAGGAGCUGUUACCUUGGAAAAGGGGAAGCUCGAUAUGACCCAGAAGAAAGUCGAAUCAAGCCCUGAGCUUGCAACUGGAGGAGGUGGCGGAGACAUCGGAAAGAAAAUCAAUUUCGGUGGUGGCGAUGGAGGUGAUGACGAUGGUGAUGAUGAUAAUUACUUUGACGAAUUUGAUGAUGACGAUGAUGGAAGUGAAGGUGGACUCUUUAGGCGUAGGAUGUUCCUCGCAGAGCUUUUUGAUAGGAAAUUUGUUGAUGCUGUGUUGAACGAAUGGCAAAAAACAAUGAUGGAUUUGCCUGCUGGCCUCCGUCAAGCAUAUGAGAUGGGUUUGGUCAGCUCAGCACAAAUGGUUAGAUUCCUUGCCAUUAAUGCUCGUCCUACAACAACUAGAUUCAUCUCCCGUGCUCUUCCUCAGGGAUUGUCGAGGGCCUUUGUUGGCAGGAUGUUGGCGGAUCCUGCGUUUCUCUAUAGACUACUUUUGGAGCAAGCUGCGACGGUUGGAUGCUCGGUUUGGUGGGAGGUGAAGACUCGUAAGAAUAGGUUAAAAGAGGAAUGGGAUCUUGCACUUAUAAAUGUGCUUACUGUAUCAGCGUGCAAUGCAGCUGCUGUUUGGUUGCUAGCUCCUUGUCGUUCCUAUGGAAACACAUUUCGGUUUGACCUGCAAAAUACACUGCAAAAGCUACCAAACAAUAUAUUUGAAAUGAGCUAUCCUCUUAGAGAGUUCGACUUGCAAAAGAGGAUUCACUCUCUUUUCUACAAGGCCGCAGAGUUGUCCAUUCUUGGAACUGCAACAGGAGCUCUCCAGGGUUCGUUGUCAAACUUUCUGGCCGGAAAGAAGAAGAACAGAGUAUCUGUGACAGUCCCAUCAAUCAGCACCAACGCUCUUGGUUAUGGCGCCUUCCUUGGAAUAUAUGCGAAUUUGAGAUAUCAGCUGUUAUGUGGAUUUGAAAGAACAAUGAGCAGCCACUUUGAUGUCAUAGGAGUAGCACUCUUCUUUGGCACAGCCAUGAGGAUUAUGAAUGUUCAGUUAGGGGAAAGGUCAAGACAAGUAUGGCUAGGUGUGGAGGCAGACCCGUUGGCUCAGUCGGAUGAGCUGCUGGCAAAAGCAUAUAACCGACCCUCAGAAGAAGCAAAGCCAUCUUCAAAAUGGUUCAUCUCAAAGAAUGCGAUUGUCUCAGGGCUACUUGGUAUAAAGCAAGAGGACUCGGUUUCAGAUUCUCCAGCUCCAAAGGCUCGGCGAAAGAGGACUGUACGGAAGAAAGUGGCUGCAGCUGCCUCUUGA